AUGGAAAGGCAUGAUGAAGCAUAUCAUGGGUGGGAGGACCAACAGAUUAAGGGAUCGAACAUGGUCAUGAACAAUGAUAUAUCUAGUUCAUAUGAAAGUGUUGAAGGUCUAGGAAAUUUUGUUUCAGAAGAAGCUGAAGUUCCGUUGAUUGGAAUGUUUUUUGAAGAUGAAAAUCAAAUGUUCCAGUAUUACAAGAGAUAUGGGCAACUGAUGGGAUUUCCUGUGAAGAAAAGGAUUGUAAACAAGGAUAAGGAUGGAUUGGUUAAAUAUUUGACAUUCACAUGUGGCAGAGCAGAUAAAAGCAAUACACAUACUAACAAUUUCAUAAAUCAUCGGUCAAAUGCGAAGGUUGAUUGUAAAGCUAGGUUGAGAGCCCGUUUAUCUAAAGAGGGUAAGUGGGAAAUUACAAAUUUUAUCUAUGAUCAUAACCAUGUAAUGAGUCCAUCGAAGUCGAGGUAUUUUAGUUGCAAUCGGUUAAUUAACCCUCAUAUUAAAAGGCAACUGGAGAUUGAUGACAUAGCUGGGAUUAGAGCCAAUAAAAGUCACAAUGCCCAGGUAAUUGGUGCUGGGGGGCAUGAGAAGUUAUUGUUUUUGGAACAAGAUACUAGAAAUUUACUUGCAAAAACUAGACGCUUGCGACUUGGCGAAGGGGAUGCCAAUGCAAUUCAGAGUUAUUUCAGCAAGAUGCAAUCACAGAAUGAUGGGUUUUUUUCACUAAUUGAUUGGGAUGAGAAAGGUAGGCUGAAAAAUGUUUUUUGGACUGAUGCAAGGAGUCGGGCAGCUUGUCGUGAUUUUGGGGAUGUCAUUACGUUUGAUACGACAUAUUUGACUAAUAAGGUGUGGGCUGAUUUCAAACGAAGACACGGACACUUUCAUAUGGUUAUUUCGGACUUGGCUCUCAUGUAUGCAUAA